UCCAUGUUGUUCUUGACAUGAUAAUGUCAAAAGAAGGUUUGCAGGCUUAACAAUCUGCUGAUGGAUCAUAUCAGGUGGUCAGGCUCACUUUUCUGUGACGUUCUCCAUGGAAGUAAAUGAUGGAUGGUUGGUGACAAACCUACCAGUUCAUUUGAUCAAUACAACUGAAUUGAAGCACGGAAUUAAUUAUCAGUGGCAGCCUCUUCAGACAUAUGUUACUAUCUCAGAGCACUUUAUGGUCAAAGCUCAUGGAAUCAGAUUUCAGGCCACAGUCAAUGACUGCAACAGUGUUAUGCAGCAACUGUUCUAUCAUGGAGGUGAGCAUGGAGCUGUUUUAACAAUGACAUUAAAUGACAUGGGAAACUACGGAUGUUAUCCAGAUUGUGCAGAUGGCAUGUCAAUGCCAUUAUACACAGAAGCUACUGUAAAUUUAAUGAGAAAACAACCAAUGAGUUCAUUUCUGGCUCACACCUUAGGAUCAAUCAUUGUCAUUGAAUUUGUUAUCAUUUUCUCUCUUGGAGCCUUGCUUCUUUACUUCACCUGUAAAUGUGCUAUUCUUCUUGCACAUGAAAGAAGAAACAGAGAAGAAAGUUCUUCAGAGUUAUCUAAUUCCAAGAGUUUCCCCAGAGAAACUGUAAGUGUGCAUAUAUAGCCAGAAGAAUUACUAAGUGUGUUGCGGAACUAUUAUAAUUAUUGAGAUCAAGAUGAUAAUUAUUUUGAAAACUACACUAACAUGCAAAAUACAGAAUUUCUUUCAUGAUUUGGAAGGUAGACAUGGAAAAGUUAAAGGAGAAAAUGGUUAAUGAUUUCUUUGCAGAAAUAGUGUUUCGUGUUCAGUUAAGUUUACUCUCUUCAGUGAUUCAGUAAUAUUAAUAACCAAUGUUGGAACUUUCAGGUGCCAAGUUGAAGAAUCUAUCAGCUAACCAAUGU